GGUUUUCUACCAAUUAGUUCUUAAUAUAGUAAGAGGUUAAUUCAAAAUUAAAACAAUUAAUUCAAACAUUUAAACAGAAAAAAAAAAUCACCGCCAUAAAAACUGAGGGAUAUUAAGUUAUUAUCAUAUAAAGUCAAUUCAGCCACAAUUCAAAAUUAAACAAUCAAUGGAUGAUCAUAAGAGCAAUGUCCAUCAAUUUGGUAGAGGCAAUGUUGGAAAGAUGGAAAAAAAACCCCAUUUUUUACAUUUAUAUGGAUCUAUGAUUUUCCAUAAUUGGCAAUCGUCCUGCUGGUACAAAAGAACUUGAAAGACAAAAGUAUUGUGAGUGACAUCAAUGGAGGUUCAAGUGCUAUUGUCUUCUAUCUUCCUCACCAUUCUGUUCUCAAGAGGAAAUAAUGUUGUUGCAGAACAUAAUUCAUACGUUGGAGAAAUUGAUCCAUAUGUCGAUGAUGUUGAAAUCAUGUUGAUAAAUGAUUGUUAUGAAACCAUUUGGCCGGGUGUUCAUACCAUGGCAGGGUACACAGUAACUCCCACAGGGUUCAAACUGAGGUCUAAGGACACAUAUCAUCUCAAAGUGCCUGAUUCAUGGUCAGGGACAAUAUGGGCAAGAACCGGAUGCAGAGGACACCACAACACCAGCUUUCACUGUGAUGUUGGCGACUGCGGGACUAACCACACACAUUGUUUUCGGAACAAACCAGACACCCCUGCUACUUUGUUUAAGUUCAACCUAGCUCCAGAAGGCGGCAUCAGCGCCUACGCGAUAGACCUUAGUGACGGCUUCAAUUUACCGGCCGCAAUAUCCCCGUUAACUAGCAAGUGCAAGGACAUACAAUGUUACAGGGAUAUGAGGAGUGAGUGUCCUGAUUGGUUAGCUAUGUAUGAUGAUCUUGGUGAAGGGCUUAAGAUUGGUUGCAAGAGUAAAUGCUAUACGACCGGUGACCCGAAGGAUUGUUGCACCGGUGACUAUGAGUCGCCUGAGACGUGUGAGCUCACUGAGUACACACAACUUGUUGUGAACAAUUGUCCCACUGCAGUUUCUAAUUCCUUUGAUGAAUCUAAGUUCACAUGUUUUGGCGGGUUAAGUUAUAAGAUAACAUUCUGCGCAUGAGUCAACGAAGAUUUCUUCUACCCACGAGUUAUAUGCUACUCCCUCCGUCCCUAAUUAUAAGCUAAAGUUGUAAAAAUCACACUUAUUAAGAAAGCCUUAAUUGAUGCAUUGAUUUUCAAAAAAAAUGUACAACUUUCUAUGUUUACCCCUAUUUAUGAUAACACUUUUUCAUCAUUGUACUACUAAUGGUGGUGCUCCACUACCAAUAAAUGCAAGGGUGAAUAUGGAAAGAAAUAUUCACUUUUGCAAGGUUAGCU